CAUCCUGCACGCUGGACAACAGUGAAACGGAGAGAAAGAAAUGGUGGCGUUAUCUUAAUUUUGUUAAAAAUUUGUAGUUUUUCAACGUUUAGGAAUAUUUGAACGAUUUUUAUUCAUUUGUACAUUAACGAAUCGUAGUUUCUGUGUCAUAUUUACAAUAAUCUUCGCUGGGUCGAAGAAGUGUGGAAAUAAAUCUCACAGAUAGCAUAACCUAACAAUUUUGUGUUCAAUCGUGAAUCGUAAGAAUGGCAAUGAACGAAGAUUUCAAUUUUGCUGAAUUGUGCAGAUUAUGUUCGCUGAAGAGUAAUCAUCAGCUUCAAAUCUUCGAUAAAGAAGGCGAACAAAGACAAUUGCUAUUUAAAAUACGUUCCUGCAUUCCUGCUGUGAUAACGAAAGAGGAUGCUUUGCCCAAAAAUAUUUGCCAGAGAUGCGUGUACAAACUGGAUAUGUUUUACGAGUUUCGGGUGAGCUGUAUGACAACGGACACAGUGUUAAAAAAUUAUGCGGAUAGUUUGAAACAUCUCGCUGCAUCGGUAAGCCAGGGCACGGACAAGGACAAGAUGUCUAAUGGUAGCCAGCAGCAACAGCGAUCCGCUUAUGUGGAAGCGCACGCAGUGGCUCAUGCCGCGGUGCAGCAACACAUGGCACAACAAGCUGCACAAGCAAGACUCGCUGGACCCGGCCCACCUGCGACACCUCAAACACCUAAUCCGACUUUUACUUUACCUGACGAUGGCCUAGGCUAUGACGAUGGUGUACGCGUUCUUCGCUCCAUUGGAACAUGGUCCCCAGAUUAUUCGGCAGCGAUGCGCCCUGGUGGCGUGAUGCCCCCGUUUCCUGGUGCAAUGGAUCAGCAGUUUGGGAGCAGGGCUCCCACGGUAAAUCAGCCGUUGAGAACUACGAACAAUGUAACUUCUCGUCCGGGAUUUGCGUCAAAGGCUACCAAUACGGGUGAACCGGCGACAAAGGCGUUCGCAUGCACCGUUUGCGGCAAAGGUCUCGCCCGUAAGGACAAACUCGUCAUUCAUAUGCGUAUUCAUACCGGGGAAAAGCCAUAUUCCUGCGAAGUUUGCGGCAAAGCAUUUGCUCGUAGAGAUAAACUAGUUAUUCACAUGAACAAGUUGAGACACAGACCGGGAGUGGCGCCACUUUCUACGCCCUCAGCGCCUAAUUCGGAUCAGCAGCAACAGCAGCAGCAGCAGCAGCAAGCUCAACAGCAGCAAGCACAACAAUCACAGCAGCAACAAUCUCGGCAAGAUACUAUACAUAAAUUGAAAGAGGAGCCGGUUAGUUGGGCGUGUGAAUUGUGCGGUCGAGCAUUAGCUACGAGAGAGGAAUGGAUGCAGCAUGCACGUUCUCAUUUAGAAGCAUCGGCCCCACCACAACACGCAGCGCCAUAUUUUCCAGGAUCCGCAGCUCCUCCGCAGCCAUACGCGUCUGAAAGGCAUUUUUGUCUUAUGUGCCGUACCGAUUUCACAGACAAGGCUGAAUUUAUGUUCCACGUUCGUUCCCAUUUCGAACCUCAUGCGCAGCAAACGCCGUCUCAGCAUUCAAGUGGUAAACAAGGAGGUGAUCCAGCAACAGCCGAAUUGAUCGCGCGUGGACUGGUCGAUCCUUCGGGAUUAUGCAGCUAGAAUUAUCCCUCCUAUUAUUAUGCGCCAUCGAUUCGUGUCUUACCAUAGUACAAGUUCUUUACUCCAUUUUGACCAGAACUUUUGCAUAGGAUGUCAUGCGUAUUGUGAUUGUAAUGAAUAUAUACUGAUUUAUUAGCAGAGAUACACAGUAGUAUAGUUGUGUAUAAAUAUUAAUACAGAUCUUUGUAUUAUAGAUACACACGGUUUAUUGCUUGUUUCAUGUUGCAAAGAAGAAUAAAUAUAACAUUUAAAAAUUGUUGAAUAAAUCUUUCGGAAUCUAAUCUCAAUCUAAUUCGUUCGUUCGAUGGUUGAUCACGAGUCAAUGAAACAUGAAGUGCAUUACUUUCAAGAAAAUACGAAGAAUAAUAUUUUUCAUGUUGCGUGACAUAUCACAGUGAAAGAUUUCGAUUAACCAUAGAAAUACUACUGUGUAUCCCAAAAAUAUUAUAUAUAAUGAAUUGAAACAUACGUUAUUCGUCAGAUAUUUAAGUAUUGACGUGAUACUGAUUUAUAUGGUAAGAGAUUCCACUAUUGCGCCAAUAUUUAAAUGUAUUACUUAAUAGUAUACGUUCCUACAUAGCUAGCUUCCCGCUAUCUUUAGCCAUUAGCAGUAUCCGCUAUCUGUACAGGUUUGUUCUCAAUGCUAUCGUAUUUUUUUUUCUUUUUUUUUUUUUUUUACAAUCCAUAACGAUUUUUUUUUUUAUAUACGAGGAGAUUUUAUUGUUUUGAAAUCAUUGUUUUUAAAAUUUUAUUAUCUCGAUACUUUUUAAAUGUUAUAUAUAUAUUACAUUUUUUUAAUUACGUGUUUAAUUGGUUUUAUUAUUUCAUUAGAAAAUUCAUUUUUAUAUAAAUAGAAGUAAGAAUAUCUUAUUUUUUAAGAAGAAAUUAAGGAUAUCUUUUUUUAUCUUAAAAAUCAUUUAUUUGAUGAUUAUUUUAUAGUGGUUACGUAUACAGCGUAUGAAUGUUAAGAUUAUAUUCCAAUUAUGUGAUUAAUUUUUUUUUUUUUUUUUUUUUAAGUAAAACUCAAUGAUCUUCCAAAGGCGAUGUAUUAUUAGCCGUAUUAUCGAUUUAUAAUACCAAACGUGUAGUUUUUACUGUGGUGUAGCGUAAGUGUUGACAAUAUUACCGAACACAAUUAUCCCCAGAUGUUUAUAAUUCUUAUAAUCUACACUAGACCAAGCAGAUUUUAAUUCUUUCUUACAAUUUUUUUUCUUACUAUAUAUGUUUAAAAAAUCUUGUUUAUUAUUGUACGAUUAUCCUUGGUACCUGAAGUAUGAUUAUGUACUUAAUCAGGGAAGGGUAAGAUUCAGUUUACAUUGCAUAUACAGAAAACUUCCAUCUUAUCACAAUUAACGAGAAAAGGAAAUGUGCGUAAAAAAAACUCGAGUGUUUAUACAUAUACAUAUAUAUAUCUUAUAAUUUAAAUCAAAAAUUGUUUUCGCUCAUGUAAGCGUUCCGUCGGUUUUUAAUUAUAUUUUUUCAACCGACUACAACCUCGUGCAAAAUUCCGUUUUAUUCGAUAUCGAUUCGACUAUUCCGUCAGAGACUUUGCAUUGUGAACAAACUGUCUCUUCCAAUAACUUCAUAGGGUACGCUUUCACAGCGCUUUCUUCCUGUCGUCUUUAGAAUAGAACAUUAUAUUAGUCAGCGCGAGAAAUAUAGUGUUUGCGAGAACUGCCGUGCCUCCUGCCUCACGUACGACUUCCAACUUCCAACUUCUUUUCGAUCCAAAUUAAUUCCAGGACAAAGGUGCCUAAAAUGGUAUACUUCGGAAAAGAAAAGAAAAGAAAAGAAAAGAAAAGAAAAAAAAAGAAAAAGAAAAGAGAGAAAAAAAACAAAAAAACAAAAAAAGAAGAAAAAAGCUAAGCCUAACCAUUAGGUAUAUAUUUUGUAUAAUUCUAACUAGUGCAAUAUAGCGUUAAUCGACAAUAGUUGCGAUUGUUACUGAAGAACGAAGAUGGAAGAAGAGGGGAAAAAAAAAAAAAAAAGAAAAAGAAAGGGAAAAGACAAAAGAGAGGAGGUAUUGCGAGCAACCUUGGAAGAAAAACGUUUGUACACUGGUGCAACAUAAAUAUGCAUAUAAAUGAUAAUUGUUUAUAACGGCUUAAUUAAUUGUGAAGAAAAAAAAUGGAGGAGAAAAAAAAAGAUGCCGGCCUUUUGUCUAAUACAGUUAACAGAGAGCUUUUUUUUUAAUUAUAACGUAGUUUGUACUUAUGUAGAAUAGUUGAGAUGGACGAGCAAAGAAAGUUUGUCGCUUGCCAACAACAAAGUACGAAAGCGCUGAUUAUUAUUCGUCGUCGAAUCGAAAAUUUUUUGAUAAAUUCGACGAUUUUCACUUUUUUUUUUUUUUGGACGCACGUGAUCACGCGAGUUAACGAUCCAGCCAAAUGCGUUGAAAAUACACAGUUUUACAGACACGAAGCAAUCAUGAGAAUUGAUUUUGAUCUUCACGAAUAAAGAUUAUCUUCAGAAAUUAUUAGCACUCGUGGAUGUUCGAAGAAAUUAUGCCUGCCAUUUGCACGCCGUCGAUGUGAAUGUAAAUUUUUUAGAGAGAGAUUGCAGUAAUAUGUCUAUUGAGGGUGUAUCGCGCGAUCUUGCGCUACCCUCUGAAUCAUUUUUCUUGUCUCUGAGAGGGGAGAGGGAGGGGGGAAGGGGGGAAGAGAAUUUUCAAGUUUCGCGGAACGAGAACGAGUUUGCGAAAUGUUAAAGAAUGAACGAUUUGUAAUCGUAUUACUUUGUAACGAUCGAGAGUGGAAUACUAUAUUUAAAAUAGACGUAUAGUGCCUUUUCUCUGGGACUUAUCUGGGAUUUCGCUCUGAUUAUUUGAAAUUUGAACGUGUUAGGAGGCACAUUGGCAUAAGAAUUUCUAAAUAACGAUAAGUUAAGUUGAUAGAAUAGAUAAGACGAGAGUUGUUCUUUUCUUCUUCUUCUUCUUCUUCUUCUUCUUCUUCUCGUUCCUUUACGUUUCUCCUCUUCUUUUUUUCCUUUUCAUUUCUUCUUUUUUUAUUUCCACUUUCAUUAUCAUUAUCAUUAUUAUUAUUAUUAUUAUUAUUAUUAUUAUUAUUAUUAUUAUUAUUAUUAUUAUUAUUAUUAUUAUUAUUUCUUUUCGUUGCGAGGAGUGAAUGUUUAAUGCCACUGCCUCUAAUAGCAGCUGUUUUUUAGACUACUUUUAUACUGUUGAUGUGACGCGCAGCUAAUCAGAGUCAGUAUAUUACUGCCAUAAUCAUGAAACGAAAUGUAUAACCAAUAUACCUUUAUAAAUAAAACACGACUGAAAAAGUAAAA